CACUUCACAGGACAAGGGGCCAGAAAUAGUAACACCCUUGAGCUCCACUUGAACUAAAGUCCCUACCCAUCUCAGGACCCCAAGCUCUCCAACUCCUCACCCUAGGACCAUGAAUAGUACAACUUGUAACAGCACCCUCACGUGGCCUGCUGCCGUCAACAACUUCUUCAUCAUCUACUCAGCCUUGCUGCUGGUGCUGGGCCUGCUGCUCAACAGCGUGGCACUGUGGAUAUUCUGCUAUCGCAUGCACCAGUGGACGGAGACCCGCAUCUAUAUGACCAACCUGGCUGUGGCCGACCUCUGCCUGCUCUGCUCCUUGCCAUUUAUGCUGUACUCCCUGAAAUACAGCUCUUCAGACACACCCGUCUGCCAACUCUCACAGGGCAUCUACCUGGCCAAUAGAUACAUGAGCAUAAGCCUGGUCACUGCCAUUGCUGUGGACCGCUAUGUGGCAGUGCGGCAUCCCCUGCGUGCACGUGAGCUGCGGUCCCCGAGACAGGCUGCAGCAGUGUGUGUGGCCCUUUGGGUGAUAGUGAUCACCUCCCUGGUAGUGCGCUGGCGCCUGGGGAUGCAGGAGGGUGGCUUCUGCUUCAGCAGCCAAGCCCGGCACAACUUCAGCACCACUGCCUUCUCGCUGCUGGGAUUCUACCUGCCGCUGGCCAUUGUGGUCUUCUGCUCUUUGCAGGUGGUGACUGUGCUAUCGAGAAGGCCGGCCACUGAUGUGGGGCAGGCGGAGGCUACCCGAAAGGCCACCCACAUGGUCUGGGCCAACUUGGCUGUGUUUGUCAUCUGCUUCCUGCCCCUGCAUGUGGUCCUGACGGUGAAGGUCUCCCUGAACCUCAAUACCUGUGCUGCCCGAGACACCUUCAGCCGUGCCCUGUCCAUCACAGGCAAACUCUCAGAUACCAACUGCUGCCUGGAUGCCAUCUGUUACUACUACAUGGCCAGAGAGUUCCAGGAAGCGUCCAAGCCAGCCACGUCUUCCAACACACCCCACAAGAGCCAAGAUUCCCAGAUCCUGAGCCUCACCUAGAAGAAGUGAGCAUGUGCCAAGGGUCAGAGGAACCUGUGAUGUGAGCAAGGAGCCCGGAUCAGCCUGAACCUGCUGCGGGGUCUGAGCACUCUAGGAGACCCAGUUGGCCUAGAGAGGCUGCAUCUGCUCCCCUGAAAGGAUCAGAGGACUCAGGCUCUAACGUCCAACCUGAGGGACCCUGGAACAAAACCACAUAUCUGCCAUUCCAGAUCUAGAACCCCUGGGCACCAGAAUGGGGCCUUGAUGGCUAGCCACUCUGAGUUUAGGAUACACCCCUCUCCGGAGUUGGUCCUGGCAAGGUCCUCUGUCACCUAAACGCAAGUGAUGAGAGGUAAAGGAUGGACAUACAGCUCAGAGAGCCAGGAGACAUCUUUCCAGAGUACCCUCAAAUGGCUUCUUCCUUUCGGGACCUCUAAACUUCAUGCCACAUGUAGGUAGGGUUGGGCAAAAGGGCAGCAGCUGUGGUCUGGCAGGCUGUCCUCCAAGGCCCAUGACUGUCACUGUUGCUCCAGCUCUGUAUUCUGAGGGUUCCAGCUCAGGAGACCCAAUGGUCAUAACAUCAUGUUGAGCAAUCGGUCCUGAGCCUCUUCUGGUAUUUCCAUUCUAUAGUGGGACUGUUGAUUCCUGAGGACAGUGGCUAUGGUAGUGGUCUGCUGGAGUUUGUUGUGAGGAAGAUUGCUGUUUGGUAUCCAUGCUCUCUGAGGAUGUGGCCCCAGGCUUCGAGGAUCUCUGGAGUAAAGGAUGAGCCACAAAGCCAGCUUUGAGUCAGGGCACAUUUGGAGAUGUGGUAGCCCUGGGCUUCCCCCUCUGUGCUUUGUUUUUUGUCUUGGUCCAAAUGCUACAACCUUACCCAGAGCCAGAGUCCCUCCAGCUCAGGGGAGGGCGGGUAGUGGCUCUCCCUACCCUCUACCCCUACUUCAUCCAAGGCCUACUGCCUAACUGGCCCCUUUUUUGUAUGACCUUUUCUGCAAAAACCAAAAAUCUGUUCAUCCUCCAGACACCAGAGAAAGGAUUCCAUUCAAGUAUAAAUUGGUGAACUGAUUUCCUGGAGUUACUUACAAAAGCGCGGUGACUCUUGGGUGCUCCGUCACCAAGAAGCCUCACUCAGCAUAGAUAACAAUCCCCAAACUGCACCGCUAGAUUACCAACCCCCACUAAACUUCCACCUCACACACACACUGGACACCUGCUCUGGACAAAAAUGUGGCUAGGGUGUGAGGGAGCUGUGGCUGCAACCCAAGGUGUGCUGACCCUCUUCGCUCUGCCAAGGACUGCUAACAGCUUCAUGAUCAUCAGCCUAUUCGUCACAGCCGUAUUUUGCUUGUUUCACUGGCAUGACUGUGGGCCGAGCUGUUCUGUGGAUCAAAGCAGCGCUUUUCCUGUUCACUGCUGAUGAUCAUCCUAAGCCAGAGAAAUGGCUUCUCUGUCACACUCGCCCACUCUCCCUCCAGUUCUCACAUCCCCUCCACCCUCUCUUCUGCAGUAUUAUCUAAACCUUCACCUUGGAAGGAAGGGAUGGCAUAUCUAUACAAUAUCAAGAUAUAGGAUCCACACGUGUGUGCCUAUGGUUCUUUUCUGAGUCUUACGCCUCUAGACUACAACAGCAGACACCUAUUCCAAGUAGCUUGCCGGUGAUAGAAACAAAGCAUCAGGAGGGGAGAAAUAGAUCAUUUGGGGUCCCCAUAGCAUCCCCUAGUGUGCAGUAUUGGGUCCCCUGCCCACAGAACCAGCAGAGCACCUCUACCUUCCUUUGGCAACCUCAGCUUUAGGGGAAAAUCCCACACCCCCACAGGCUAGCCUUGGCCAUCUGUCCAGAUGAUGCAGAAGACGGGAGGUAGAAAAUGAAGGACAGUCUUUACACAAAAGCUGCAAAAUUAGCACACUAAAAAAAUGAGAAAGUUAAAUGGCUCAUCUGGCAUGGGUGUCAGCAAUCAAACCUGGCAACCUGAGUUCAAAUCCCGGGAACUAACAUGCUAGGAACGAGCCACGCCACAAGUUGUUCUCUGGCCCCAACACAUCCUCCAAAUAAAAAAUAAAUAAAUGUCAAACAAAUAGCACACUAUUAAAAAAAAAAAAAAACCUGUUGGCAGACCGGAGAGAUGAUGGUUCAGUGGUUAAGGGCACUGACUGCUCUUCCAGAGGUCCCAAAUUCAACUCCCAGCAACCACAUGGUGGCUCACAACCAUCUAUAAUGGGAUCUGAUGCCCUCUUCUGGUAUGUCUAAAGAGCUACAGUGUGCUCAUAUACAUGAAAUAAAUAAAUCUUAAAAAAAAAAAUACUAUUGGCAAAGAGGAAGGCUGAGCCCCAGUACCUCCACUGCCCAAGGUCAACUAGAACUGGUGUCAGAGACACCGGGGUUGGUGUGGGGACACUCCAGAACAUCUGAAGGUAACUUGUGACUUGUUAAAAACUGCAUUUGACAAAGCAGUCAUGAGAAAGCUCAUGCUAUAUGAAUAACUUCCCCUAAAGUCCACUCUGAGUACUGGCUAGUUUUGCUUUGUUUUGUCAACUUGACGCAAGCUAGAGUCCUCUGAAAAAAGGGAACCAAUGACAAUUGAGAAAAUUCUUCUGUAAGACUGGCAUGUAGGUAGUCCUGUUUCUUUAAUGAGUGAUAUUGGCUUUGUUCAUAAUAGCCAGAAACUGGAAACAACCUAGAUGCACCUCAACAGAAGAAUGGAUAAAGAAAAUGUCCUACGUUUACACAAUGGAAUAUUACUCAACCAUUAAAAAAUGGCAUCAUUAUGUCCUGGUGUGGUGGUGUGUGCUUUUAAUCUCAGCAUUUAGGAGGCUGAGGCAGGCUAAUCUGUGAGUUUGAGCCCAGUCUGGUCUACAGAUUGAGUUCCAGGACAGCCAGGGCUACCUAGAGAAACCCUAUCUC